AUGGGUACAGCACUUGAUAAAACAUUAAUGAAUGCACAGAGACAUGUGGUACGGAAUGUAUGGAAAGGCUGUAGUCUUGCUAAACAGCCUUCAUUUAUAGCUCAUGUUGGAUGUAACAAAGAUCAUGAAGAUCGAUCAGUGUCACCAGAAGACAGUCCAUUACUGGCAUGGACGAAAAAAUUAUGUGGUCUAUCAAAUACACAGGCAAUACCUCCAGAGCUGCUAAAGAUCGUUAGGAGAUGUGACAAUCGUAGUAAAGGGUUGUUCAGUUUCCUUUCAUCCGAUGUCUAUCAAGGAGGUAUUGAAGCUUCACUUGAGUGUACCGGUGAAAAUGAUCAGUCAUGUCCCUUAUGUCAGUUCGCAGUUGGUAGUAAACAAAAUGUUUUCCCACUGCGUCUGGACGCCUCGUCAGUUUCAAAAACUAAAACUUCUGCAUCUUUACGGAAGGUUGGAGAAAGGCUGAACGCUGACGUCGCUGUUCAGACCGAUUUAGACUCUAUUUUCAAUGUGGGGGAGCUAAAUGCUAGCAAAUUGGAGAGCGACUUUGAAAAUGAAGUUGGGAAUGAAAUGGCAGAGUUGGGUCUAGGAGGAGAAGCUAUAAAUGUCUGGAAUAUAGCAGCAAAAAACGGUUCAGCUGAAGCAUGUUAUAACUUGGCCAUGUGUUACGCAAACGGGGAACACGUUUUGAAAAAUUUUAAGAAGGCCGUAGAAUUGUGGAAACGAGCAUCUUCACUUGGUCACUCUCUUUCUACCUAUCAGUUAGCUGUUUGUUACAUCAAUGGUUAUGGUGUUGAGGUUAAGGACGUUGAUUCAGGAUUAAAAUUAAUGGAAGAAUCUGCUGAUGCAGGUUGUGCUGAAGCGCAAUUUUAUUUAGCAUCUCUAAGUUUCGCAAGAAGUGAUCUCAGGAAGGGUGAAGAAUAUUUACUCAAGGCUGUCCGCAAGAAAGAAAUUUUUCACAAGGUUUCUGGAUGGUUGAAACUUGAUUCUUUACCUGCUCAUGUUAGAACAGUAGUUCAGUCAGUGAUUGAAGAAACUGGUGUGAAAUUUUAA